AUGUCAAACAAACUUGUGGGCAAAUCGAUGUUACAAGAAUUUCGGGAAAAACGAGAAAAAGAAAGAACUCGGAUUGAAGAAAAAUAUGAAAUAUUGGGAUUUAUAAGUUCGGGAACCUAUGGUCGAGUAUAUAAAGCCAAAGCAAGAAAAAAGGAAAAUAAAAAUAGCAGUUCUGAUGAAGAAACAAAAUCCCCUGUUUAUGCUAUAAAAAAAUUUAAACCUGAUAAAGAGGGUGAUAUCACUACAUAUACAGGAGUAUCACAGUCCGCCUGCCGGGAAAUAUCGUUAUGCAUAGAACUUAAACAUGAAAAUAUUGUUUCACUUCAAGAAGUACUUCUAGAAGAUAAUUCAAUUCAUAUGGUAUUUGAAUUUGCAGAACAUGAUUUUCUGGUAAGAAUAAUUGAAAGAAAACCCCUACCUGAAUUCACUAUAAAAUCAUUUUUAUGGCAAUUACUUAAUGGAGUUUCUUAUUUACAUGCUAAUUGGGUUUUACAUAGAGAUCUUAAACCUGCAAAUAUUUUGGUUACAGCUGAUGGUGUAGUAAAAAUUGCUGAUCUGGGAUUGGCUAGAAUUUAUCAACUUCCAUUACAACCCUUAUUCAAUGGAGACAAAGUUGUGGUAACAAUUUGGUAUAGAGCACCAGAAUUAUUGCUUGGGUCAAGACAUUAUACAAAAGCAAUAGAUAUUUGGGCAGUUGGAUGUAUAUUUGCUGAAUUGUUAACUUUGAGACCUAUUUUCAAAGGAGAAGAGGCAAAAAUGGAUAGUAAAAAACAAGUUCCAUUUCAAAGAAAUCAAUUAGUAAAGAUUUUUGAAGUAUUAGGAAAACCUACAAAGGAACAAUGGCCUACCAUUGAUCAACAACCUGAAUACUCAAACCUAAGUAGUUUUACUUUGAAGCAACUAAGAGAGUUUUAUCAAAAUACUUGUUCAUCAAAGUCAGAUUUGGGUUUUGAACUUUUGUCAAAGAUGUUAGAAUAUGAUCCAGUGAAGCGUAUUACUGCUGAAGAUGCUUUGAAUCAUCCUUAUUUUGAGGAAGAACCAAAACCAUCUAUGGGUGUCAAAUAUGAAGAUAAUGAUAUGAAGGUUCCACCAGCUGCACCUAAUGCAAGCACAACUACGCAAGGUCAGGCAGGAACUUCACAUGGAGGAGUUGUUGUGGGUGCAAGGGGAAAACAUGGACAUUCUGGGAAGGAUGAAGGAGGAAGAAGUAGCAAGAGGCGAGGCUAA